CCUCCGUCGUCGACGACUCCCUUCGUCUCUCUUCCUACUCCUCUUGCUUCGCAUCAGCAACAGUAAACGACGAUGGCCACGGCAUCUCUGGCCUUCUCGACCCCGUCACCUCUGCAGUUUCGCUCCCACCGCCGCCGCCGCCGCACGGCCUCCAUCAGGGCAUCCGUCUCGGAGAGCCCCGUCACCGCCACGCCGUCUUCCUCUUCGUCUGCGUCGCCGUCGUCCAAGCUGCCGCUGCGGAAGAUCCCCGGCGACUACGGCCUCCCCUUCAUCGGGCCGCUCCAGGACCGGCUCGCCUACUUCUAUUGGGAGGGGGGGGACGAGUUCUUCAAGACCCGCGUGCGCCGCUACGAUUCCACCGUCUUCCGCGCCAACAUGCCCCCCGGCCCCUUCCUGGCCUCUGACCCCCGCGUCAUCGUCCUCCUCGACGCCGCCAGCUUCCCGGUGCUCUUCGAUACCUCCCUUGUCGAGAAGCGCGACGUCUUCACCGGCACCUUCAUGCCCUCCACCGAGCUCACCGGCGGCUUCCGUGUGCUCUCCUACCUCGACCCCUCGGAGCCCAACCACGCCCCCCUCAAGCGCCUCCUCUUCUUUCUCCUCUCCCACCGCCGCCAGGCCGUCAUCCCCGAGUUUCGCCGCACCUUCGGCACCCUGUUCGAGACCAUGGAGGCGGAGAUAGCCGCCAAGGGCAAGGCCGACUUCGGCGACGCCAACGACCGCGCCUCCUUCGACUUCCUCGCGCGGGCUUUCUUCGAGCGCGACCCCAAGGACACCGAGCUCGGCCUCGACGGGCCGGGGCUCAUCACCAAGUGGGUGCUGUUCCAGCUCGGCCCCCUCCUCACCCUCGGCCUCCCCUCCUACCUCGAGGACCUGUUCCUCCACUCCUUCCGCCUCCCGCCGGCGCUCAUCCGGGGUGACUACGAUCGGCUCGUGUCCUUCUUCCGGGAAUCCGCCGGGCCGGUGCUCGACGAGGCGGAACGGAUGGGGAUCUCGAGGGAGGAGGCGGUCCACAACAUCCUCUUCGCCACCUGCUUCAACACCUUCGGCGGGAUGAAGAUCCUGUUCCCGGGGCUGGUCAAGUUGGUCGGCCGCGCCGGGGCUCAGCUCCACGGACGAUUGGCGCAGGAGGUACGGGCGGCGGUGCGGGACGUCGGGGGCGGCGAGGUGACCAUGCGGGCCAUCGAGGCGAUGCCGCUGACAGCGUCGGCGGCGUACGAGGCGCUUCGGAUCGAGCCGCCGGUGCCGAUGCAGUACGGGCGGGCGAAGCGGGACAUGGUGGUGACGAGCCACGACGCGGCGUUCGAGGUGCGCGCCGGGGAGAUGCUGUUCGGGUACCAGCCGUUCGCCACCAAGGACGCGCGGGUGUUCGACCGACCACAGGAGUUCGUGGCGGACCGCUUCCUGGGGGCAGAGGGGGCGUCGCUGCUGCGCUACGUGGUGUGGUCCAACGGGCCCGAAACGGAGUCACCGUCGACGGAGAACAAGCAGUGCGCCGGGAAGGACUUCGUGGUGCUGAUGGCGCGUCUGCUACUCGUCGAGCUCUUCCUGCGUUACGACUCCUUCGAGGUGGAGGUAGGCGCGUCCGCGCUCGGCUCCUCCGUCAAGCUCACGUCGCUGAAGAAGGCCACCUUCUGAGGCCACCGACGCCGUUGGAGGAACGAACGCCAUGGGAUGGCGAUUCUGUGAUUUCUGAUCCUGAUCGAGGGUUUUUUUCAAAGCAUGGGAGACUCGUGGUGGGUCCCGUAUCCACGUGAGAAAAGCUUCGUUGAUCUGUACUACAAUAUUAAACGUGUUCUUUAUUUCCUCACCAAA